UCUAUCUAACAGGUCGCGUUUCUUAUUUGAGGUCGCAUUUUUUGCGCUUCUACAAAUACAUGCGUGAAAUGAAAUGUCAAUGGCUCGAGCAUCUAUAAACCAUAUGUUCAACCCCAAUCUUUUUUGGUUAAAGAGUCACUUUCACAUCUACUCUUAUGAGACACAAUAAUCACUUGUUAUUAGACUGGACAUGAUUGAUUUCACUGUUCUCCAAUUCAAAAAAUGUUAAUACAUUUUUGUUUAGAUUCAACGAAAAUGUACAAACUUAAAUGCUGAAGAUGUGAAAAGAAUUAGCCUAGAUUUAAGUACCUAAAAAACGAAAUAUUGUCUUGAAUAAUGUUAUUUCAAGGGACUAGUUUGAAUUGAUCAUCAGGAUAUAGUCUGGAAAUAAUAUUUUCAGUUUGUAAAUGUCUCAAUUAAAUUGAACAUUUAAACAUUGCACUCAAGCUAUUUGAUUGGUUGUUAUUUCUCUGUGUAAGAAGUGGUGAUUCAGUCAGGGAAUUAUUGAUCACUGUUAUAACCAGUUAAUUAUUAACACUCAGCAUACCACACACAAUGGAUCCACACAUUUUCUCUCCUAUUAGAUUAGAUAUUUGUUUAAUCUGUGUUUUGUUAUUUGGUAUCACAUACACCUAUGCCAUAAACAAACUAUAUGUUAAUAACUCAUGUGAACUCUUCAACAAUUUUGGAAAGUUCUGGAGUCAAUGAUCAUGUUAAAGGGCAUGCAGUUCUGUUUUGAGUAAGCAAGUGCUUGAGAACAAUGCUAGAUAGGCUCCAUCUGUUGUGGUCCACAGACAGGUCUUUCUUAUUUCCUCUGUGUGUCACAAGAAAAAUAUCUCUAGCAAAGCAUGCAUCUCAUUGGUCCAUUUAAGACUGCUACUACAUUUUCUAUGGCAACCAUUGCAGAGUGAUACAGAGGUGAAUAGGUGUGUGGUUGUAGUUACUUCCUGUUUCUCUUCAUUGUUUUAUUCUUUUAACUCUUUAUUCAGCAAAGACCUUUACUCUUGAAGUAAUAAUUUUUGAGUGUGGGUUUUUCUAAACUUUUCAGAGAAGUAGCAUUGAUCAUAAAAGUGCACUGUCUGUGACAAUCUGACCUAAUUGAUUACUGUGCCAUGACCUCUAUCUCAGAACAUCUUCCCUUACUGGCUCUUUGGUAGUUUCACUUGCAUGUGACAUUUGGUUUGGUUGCACCUAACAUGUCAAAUGUGCCUCAGAGAACACUAUUCACACAUCUAUUGAAAUAUCUCUCUGUGUCUCAAAGAAAAUAAUAGCUUUCAGUUUUAUCAGCUUUCUCUGAUAGUAGCACAUUCAGAAAGACUUGUACCUGUAUUUUCACUCUGGUGCUUGAGAGAGACUUUAUAUUGGUCAGAGCAAGUAAUUUAUUGAGCCUAUAGUGUCAUUUAGUGGUAGUAAUGAUGCUAGGAUCAGGAACCGCUAGUGAUUUGACGUGUGUAUUCCCUCAUUUGAAUGAUGCCUCAGUAUUGGUGUGUGAAGAAAGAGAAAUGUGUGUGGGGGUGGUUGCACUUGUUUUUGCUAUUCUGCUAACUUCCUGCUUACAAACUGAGCCACAUUCUCACCUUGCUGUAUCUGUGUCAGGGGAGAGUGUGGAUGUUCGUGCGUUGAGGGCCAGGUUCCAUGCCAAGGCUGACAUGGCAGGUAGCCAAGAUAGUACUUCUCCAAAAUCUCCACUGCCAGGAUUUGGUAGAGGAGGCCCGUUGUUGGCAGAUGCCGGUGUUACAGCAAAUGGAGGGGUCCGACAUAAACUGAUGCCUACGGUUCCCACACCACCACUUUCUGGAUCAAGCUCCACACCCGACCUUCAGAGACUACCACCACGACCUGUAAGGGCUGAACUGGAGGGCAUAUCCACCAUCCCCAAGCAUCAUGGUGUCUUCCCCCGCCCUCCACCAUCACACCGCCCCCAUGGAGCCACCAAGGAGCCGCCCCGACCUCUACCCCCACCCUCAGACAAUGACAGGCUAGGGAAGGUGAGGGUCACAGGAGAGCGCCUGCAGAAUAUAAUGCUAACGCACAAGGGAGUACCCACCGCCCCUUCCAAGCCAGCGCCCCCCUCCCUACCCAGCCAGAGGAGUCUGACGGAGGUAACCCCCCUGAGAAGGACCCUGCCCUCUGAGGGCUCCAGACCCAUAAAGCCCAGACGACCCCCCCACGUCAACCUGCAGGCCCAUCAGAGAAACACCAGGGCACCACACCUUGCAGGGCGCCCAGGGUUAAGGAAGACUGAAGGUGGCAGCAGUAAGUCUCUUCCAGGGAUAGUCAGUCUGUCUGGCCCCUCAAGACUCCCAACCAAGCCCAGCAGCCUACCACGGCAGUGUACCCCUGUACAUUCUGAGGAUGACCAGGGGGAAUAUGAUGACAUAGGCCUAGGCCUAGAUGUAAAACCACCUCCCCCAAACCCAAAACACCCAGGGAGCUGGGACAAAAGUGACUCCUGGAAUGAAAAUAGUUCUUCACAAAUAGAUAAGGGGAGCGAUGAAAGUGAGGUCUAUGAUAUGAUUGAUAAAGGCAACCAAGAGGAGGUGAAAACCACAAGUUCUGAUAAGAAUAAACAGAAACAGUUGAGCCGGCAGAAAGAGCAGGAGAGGAGAGAGCAAAAGGAAAUACUGGAAAGGGAAAACAAAUACAGAAAGAAAUUCAAGCUGGGGACUGGGGACAUAGAGGUCCUUCACAUGGCCAGGGUUCGACAUGACUGGCAGGGGGGCAAGCAGGAUCUAACUGUUCGGCAGGGAGACAGUGUGGAGAUCUUACGGGUUAAGAACAAUCCUGGGGGCAUGUGGCUAGCCCGCACACAGACUGGCACCUAUGGCUACAUCAUUAACACAUGUGUGGAUGUGGACUAUGAGGAAGUGAAACGUAAACUCAAACUGUCCAGAGCCCCUGACCCCUCACUGCCACCACCACCACCUCCACCUCCCGUCUCUUUUGAGGACAAUGACAUUUAUUAUGAUGUCGACUCCUCAGAUAACAUGAACAGCAUGACUCAAGAGGAGGAUGACUACGAUGAUGUGCAAGGAAUAAACAAUGACUUCCCCCUUCCACCUCCUGAAAUAAGUCUACAUCCAAAAAUGAGCAAGAAACUGGAGAAAGAUGAACAAGAGUUCAGAAAAAAAUUUAAGUUUGAGGGACCGAUUAAGGUGUUACACUGCAUGAUGGUUGACGCAAGCAUCAAGAAAUCAGGAGGGAAGGAUCUAGCUGUGGUUCAAGGGGAGAUCCUGGAGAUAAUUCAACUCACCAGUGACAAGAAAGCCCUGUGUCGCAAUGAGCAGGGGAAAUAUGGAUAUGUGCCCAGGGUUGUUCUUCUUCAGGCGGAAGGGGAGGAUGUUUACGACGAUGUUGAUCAUAUUAACGAGAAUUUGACAGUAUGUACAACCGGCCUCACAACCGCAGACCACGUGUAACCACGCCAGCCCAGGACCUUCACAUCCGGCUUCUUCACUUGCAGGAUCAUCUGAGACCAGCCACCUGGACAGCUGAUGCCCUUAUGAAAAAAUAUUGCAGUCAGAGUGCAGUAUAACUGCAGCACACUGCAGUAUAACUGUAAUUAGAGUGCAAUAUGACUGCAGUAUGCAGGAGGAAAAUACUGUGUCCAAAAUAACAAUGUUUUUUUAACUGCAGUAAUUUUGCAGUGUAACUGCAGUAUAACUUCAGUUCAACUGCAAUUCAACUGCAGUACACUGCAGUUAUUCUGCAGUUACUGCAUCCAAAAUACCACAGUCAACUGCAGUUACUGCACCUUUACUGCAGUUUCAAAACUGCAAUCUUUUUUUGUAAGGGUGAAACUGAGGAGAAAUUCUGUCUGUAAUAACGCCCUUUUGUGGGGAAACCUCAUUCUGAUUGGCUGGACCUGGCUCCCUAGUGGGUGGGCCUAAAGCACCCUGCGCAGUCAUGUGAAAUCCAUAGAUUAUCGCCUAAAUAAUUUAUUUCAAUUGACUGAUUUGCUUAUAUGAACUGUAACUCAGUAAAAUCGUUGAAAUUGUUUCAUGUUGCAUUUAUAGUUUUGUUCAGUAUAUAUGCAAAGUAGUAAAAGUACAAGGAGUUAACCCCUUUCAUGACCUCCUCUCUUCUCCUUACAGAUAUCUAUGACAAUGACAAUGUCUAUGAUCACACAAUCCACUGAAACCUUUUUCCUUUCCUGACCAACAUGGAUCACCAAUCCUGGACUGACAAUUUAAUGCUUGUCUUCCAGGGAGACACACACACACUGGGAGACACACACACACACAUGUCCUAAGAAUUGAAACAAUCAUGGCAUGACUGUUGUUUGCUCGAAUUUGCUUGUAGAACUAUUUAAUACACUAUGCUUUGUUCAUGGCUGGGCUUCUUGAGAUGAGUUUGAAUAAUAAAUAAUUUUUUGCCAGUUG